AAUUCCCUUUUCUUUUUCUUCGGUUCGGUGGCUGUCUUUGAUUCUACUUUCCUCUCUCUCUCUCUCUCUCUCUCUCGUCUUCUGAUCAGCAUUAGCCAUGUCUUUCAGAGGGACAAAUGCAUCAUCUGGCAUGGGCGUCGCUGAUCACUGCAAGAGCACAUAUCUGGAACUGCAGAGGAAGAAGGUGCACCGUUAUGUGAUCUUUAAGAUUGAUGAGAAGAAAAAAGAGGUUGUGGUUGAGAAGACUGGAGGUCCAGCUGAGAGCUAUGAUGAUUUUACUGCAUCUUUACCUGAGAACGAUUGCCGAUACGCUGUGUAUGACUACGACUUUGUGACGUCUGAAAACUGCCAGAAGAGCAAAAUCUUUUUCUUUGCCUGGUCUCCUUCUGUGUCCCGGAUUCGUGCCAAGAUGUUGUAUGCCACAUCCAAGGAGCGAUUCAGACGGGAGUUCGAAGGCAUUCACUAUGAGAUUCAGGCCACUGACCCGACUGAAAUGGAUCUUGAAGUGCUGCAAGACCGUGCAAACUAGACCCUAUUCAGUUGUAUAGAGGGGUUUAGCGUUGCAAGAGAAACUUCUUUCUUUCGCAACUAACUCUUCAUGCAAAAGUAAUACAUAUGGCUUAAACAAAUAAAUGAUUUGCCAUCUGGGAUUGCUGAUUUUGGAGCCUCUUUCGGUGUUGGCUUAGUUUAACCCUAACGUUCUGGGUGCCCAGAGGUUCCUUAUCAUCAUGAUGCUUCCCAGAUGGAAAAUGGGCAUGCUUAUGGAUACUUGUGUUUGAAUGAAAACUAAUCAUAUGUGCUACUAUUACUUGGAAGAAUGAUGAGGCAUUCUGUGAUCCCUA